AUGUUCAUUCUCCUUACGAUUAAGGACGUGAUUCGGAUUGAGCCCAGCCAAUUCGGAGAGGAGCAUGUGCAGACGCUAAUUAAAGAGAUUAAUCGGAAAUAUUCAAACAAAGUGAUUCCCGAAUAUGGACUGUGUAUCGCAUUCUACGACUUUGUGGAAAUCGAGGACAGCAAAGUGUAUCCUGGAGAUGGAGCCUGUCACACGGGCGUAAAAUUCCGCAUGAUCCUGUUUCGGCCAGUGGAGGGAGAGAUCAUUGUGGGAACGGUUUUGUCGAGUAACAUGAGUGGCAUUCGAGUUUCUUUAGAGUUUAUGGAUGACGUUUGGAUUCCAUCAUACAAUCUCCCCGAUGUAAGCGUAUACGAUCCGGUUCGACGGAUUUGGGUUUGGCACUAUCGCGACGGGGACCAGCAGUUGGAUUUUGAUAUUAACACAGGCGAGUUUAUUCGCUUCCGCGUCAUCGCCAUUCAGUAUAAUCGAGUUGAGAAAAAUAACACAUUGGUCACAUCAGAAGUGAAGAAUGUCGAGCACGAAGCGGAUCGGAGCGUUCGCACGCGAACGAAGAGUAUCGACGUGCAGGGUCCAGAAAUAACGCGUCUACGCAGUUCGAGUGUGGAUAUGCGCGAAGACAAACUUUUACCUCCCAAUCCAAUGGCUUUAAUUAUAUCUUUUUUAAUUGUUGUUAUUGUUAUUGUGUUUUUUGAGUGUUUCUUUAACUUGGUGUACGGAGAUAUUAGCGUAGAUGGACUUGGCUUGAUCAAGUGGUGGAUUCCCGAUGAAUCCGAGCAAUUUUGUGUUUGUUGCAAACAGAACGAACGCUAA